GCCGAGUGGCAGCUUGAGGCUUAUCCGGACGGUACUAGUUGCACCUCUGAGCCAUAUGACCUCUAUCGCUAUCACUCUCCCUCAGGAUGUCCAAGUGAUCAUUCACCGAGACGCAUUACAAGUUAAUCUUCCUGACCUCCUUCUUCUGCUUCGCCCUGCCAGGCGCGCUCUCGCAUGGCAUUGGCGGCUCAAACAAUGGGAACGACGACCCAAACGGAGGCGAUCCUUCAUCUGUUUACUUAAAAUGCUGACCUCAGAAUCGCUCAACGAGCUGCUGCUACUGCUGUUACAGAAUACCGAUCGGGACCUUUUUUGGUUCUCUUCCUUUGGGACAAGCUGGACCAUUGCCUAGUUCUACCACUACAUCUAGGGAGUCGACACCGGGUUUGCGUCAUACAGGCACACACCGUAUGACCUGCAAAUUGCGGUGGCAUUGUUCACCUUCUGUGC